AUGCCAAAUUCCCUCGCUGGUGGCCAGGUCCCCAACCCUACUCUGGAUGCAAUUGACCUGGUGGACCGGAGUCUGAGAAAUGCAGGGACCUUACCAUCCAUCCCAGGCUUAGAGGAGGAAGGCACAGACCCCUGGACCUUCUCUCAGCUGAAGAACACUGACCAACUGAAAGAGGUUGGCAUGGCCAGCAGGCUUCGCCAGGUGGUCAGCAGCUUUCUCAAGGCAUGUGGACUCCUGGGAAGCCUCUACUUUUUCAUCUGCUCCCUGGACACCCUCAGCUCUGCUUUCCAGCUCCUAGGCAGCAAAAUGGCUGGAGACAUUUUCAAGGACAAUGUGGUGCUGUCCAACCCUGUGGCUGGCUUGGUCAUUGGUGUGCUGGUCACGGUCCUUGUACAGAGUUCUAGCACCUCUUCCUCUAUCGUGGUCAGCAUGGUGGCCUCUAAGUUGCUGACUGUCCAGGUGUCUGUGCCUGUCAUCAUGGGCGUCAACGUGGGGACUUCCAUUACCAGCACCCUGGUCUCAAUGGCGCAGUCAGGGGACCGGGAUGCAUUUCAGAGGGCCUUCAGCGGCUCAGCUGUGCAUGGCAUCUUCAACUGGCUCACAGUAUUGGUAUUGCUGCCACUGGAGAGUGCCACCGCAGCAUUAGAGAGACUGAGUGAGCUGGUCCUGGGUACUGCUAGCCUGCAGCCAGGGGGGCAGGCCCCCGACAUCCUCAAGGCACUGACUCAGCCUUUCACACACUUCAUCAUCCAGCUGGAUAGCAGUGUGAUUACCGGCAGUGUUACCAGCAACACCACUAACGGCAGCCUGAUUAAGCACUGGUGUGGCUUCAGGGGGGAGACGCCCCAGGGAAGCAGCGAGGAAUGCGGCCUCUUCAGCUCUUGUACAGAGAGGAACAGCUCAGCAUCUGCAGAGGAGGACAGGUUGCCCUGCCACCACCUGUUUGUGGGCUCAGACCUCACAGACCUGGCUGUGGGCUUCAUCUUGCUGGCGGGCUCCCUGCUGGUGCUUUGUGUCUGUCUGGUCCUCGUCAUUAAACUGCUCAACUUGGUGCUGCAGGGCCGCAUUGCACAGGCUGUGAAGACUGUUAUCAAUGCAGAUUUCCCCUUCCCCUUUGGCUGGCUCGGCGGCUACUUGGCCAUCCUCGUUGGUGCAGGCCUAACCUUCUUGCUUCAGAGCAGUAGUGUCUUCACGGCAGCCAUUGUGCCUCUCAUGGGGGUUGGGGUGAUCGACCUGGAACGGGCUUACCCCCUCUUCCUGGGCUCCAACAUUGGCACCACCACCACAGCCCUCCUGGCUGCCUUGGCCAGCCCUGCAGACAUGUUACUCUUUGCAGUUCAGGUUGCUCUCAUCCACUUCUUCUUCAACCUGGCUGGCAUACUGCUGUGGUACCUGGUGCCUGUCUUGAGACUGCCAAUUCCACUGGCCAAGAGCUUUGGGGAUCUGACUGCCCAGUACCGCUGGGUGGCCAUUGUCUACCUACUAUUCACCUUCCUGCUGCUACCCCUAGCAGCCUUCGGACUUUCCCUGGCAGGGGUCUCAGUGCUGGCUGCAGUGGGGGGUCCUCUGGUGGGAAUGGUGCUCCUUCUCAUCCUGAUUAAUGUCCUGCAACGACACCGACCAUCCUGGCUGCCUCACUGUCUUCGAUCCUGGGCCUGGCUGCCACUCUGGCUCCAUUCUCUGGAGCCCUGGGACCACCUGGUGACUGGUUGUUGCCCCUGCAGGGCCUGCAGCAACGCCCAUAUGACCAGCAAAGUGGCUCACUGCUAUGAGAACCCACAAGUCAUAGCUUCUCAGCAGUUGUGA